AUGUAUCCAAGAGUACUCAUAACAGUUCUCGAAUUCGCUGAUGACAUUGCAUUGCUGAGCUACUCCAUCAAUGACUUAGUGGAACUGACUCGAGAUGUGUGCAAGGUGGCCUCGGCAGUAGGCGUAGAAGUUAGCUCCAUUAAAAUCAAGAUUAUGCGAACACCUGACGUGACUAACGACCCAAAGAUUCAAUGGGGUGAAACGACUCUUGAGGAAGUCGAAAACUUCAAGUUCCUGGGCUCUGUACUGACAAGAGAUGGAAAUUGCGAUAUGGAAACUCUUUUCAGCAGCGCUGCCUGCAGAACAUUUUUAAAAUGCGAUGGACCGGCAUCUGUCGUGGUUUCAAAAAACCAUCCGGAGAGAGAAUGGAGACUUAUCGAAACCUAUUUUCCGCUGGAGAGCAAAAAUGACCGCAAGCGCAUCGGAAGCCAACGUAGCACGCUCAAACAGCUGCUAAAGGCGAAAGCGGAACUGACCUUUGCCACAGUAACCACCAUCGCCUGA